AUGGCGGCGGCGGAGGCCGGCGGGAUGGGCCUCACCGACCUGCCCGGGGAGCUGCUGGAGCUGAUCCUGUGCAGCGGGGUCCUGAGCGCCGCCGACAUCGGCCGCGUCUCCUGCACCUGCCGCCGGCUGCGGGAGACGUGCCAGGCCCGCGGCAAGGUCUGGCGGGAGCGCUUCCGCCGCCGGUGGCCAUUGCUACUGAAAUACUACAGCCAGACAGACAACGUCAAUUGGCUAAAGGAAUAUAAAGCACGGCACAAUGCUGGCUUAGAAACUCGACGAAUUGUAGCAUCGUUCUCCAAAAGAUUCUUCUCAGAACAUGUGCCCUGUGAUGGCUUCAGUGACAUUGAGACUCUUGGGUGCCCGGGUCAUUUUUUUGAGGACGAGUUGAUGUCUAUCCUUAACAUGGAAGGAAGGAAGUGUCUAACCUGGAAGUACUAUGCAAAGAAAAUUCUUUACUUUCUACGACAACAGAAUAUUUUAAAAAAUCUGAAGGCGUAUCUUGAACAACCUGGGGACCAACUGUCAUUUUUGGAAGGUGCUGUUUUAAUUGACCAGUACUGUAAUCCUCUCUCAGACAUCUGUCUAACAAGUGUCCAGGUGCAGGUUGACGAUAUUACAGACAAAGUUCGCAAAGUCCUGCGGACCAAAAACCCUAGACAUCCAAGCUUGGCUCCAAAGGCAGGAGAGGUCUUGAUUGUUUCUGAUGUGGAGUUUCAAAGGCAGGUACUGGAUGCUAUGAAUUGUGUUCUCUAUGAACAGUUAAAAUACAAAGGAAAUGAGAUGGAUUACUACAACUCCUUGAAUUCAUUCAUUCACCAGGUUUUAAUCCGUAGGACAGGAAUCCCUAUCAGCUUAUCUGUGCUCUAUUUAACAAUUGCCAGGCAGUUGGGAGUCAGACUUGAGCCAGUCAGCUUUCCUAGUCACUUCCUGCUGAGAUGGUGUCAAGGGAAAGAAGGAAGCACAGACAUCUUUGACUACAUGUACAUAGAUGCCUUUGGAAAGGGAAAGCAGCUAACUGUGAAAGAAUGCGAGUACCUGAUUGGCCACCAUGUAACAGAGGAGUUCUAUGGAGUGGUUACUUCAAAGGAGGUCUUGCAGCGUAUGGUGGGAAACCUCUUAAACCUUGGAAAACGGGAAAGCACUGAUCAGUCCUACCAGCUCUUGAGAGACUCCUUGGAUCUGUACCUGGCCAUGUAUCCGGACAAUGUGCAGCAUCUAAUGCUCCAGGCUAGGUUAUACUUCCACCUGGGAAUCUGGCCAGAAAAGGUUCUGGACAUCCUGCAGCAUGUCCAAGCGUUGGAUCCAUCCCAGCAUGGGGCAGUAGGAUAUUUAGUUCAGCAUACCUUAGAGCAUAUUGACCGCCGUAAGGAGGAAGUGGGGCCUGAGGUGAAGCACCGUUCUGAUGAGAAGCACAAAGAGAUCUGCUUUUCUAUUGGGCUGAUCAUGAAACACAAGAGAUAUGGCUAUAACUGUGUCAUCUAUGGCUGGGAUCCCACCUGCAUGAUGGGACAAGAAUGGAUUAGAAAUAUGAAUGUCCAUAGCCUACCUCAUGGCCCCCAUCAACCUUUCUACAACGUGCUGGUGGAGGAUGGAUCCUGCAUAUACGCUGCUCAAGAGAACCUGGAAUAUAACUUGGAGCCUCAUGAAAUCGCUCACCCUGAUAUCGGCCGUUAUUUUUCAGAGUUUACAGGCACUCAUUACCUGGCAAAUGCAGAGCUGGAGAUUAGAUAUCCUGAGGAUUUGGAACUUUCUUGUGCAACAGUCCAAAAGAUUUACAGCACAGUCAAGGAAUGAGUGUAACUUGAUCACAAGGACAGAAGAAAGUUUAUCACAGCUGCUGCCGUAUCCUCUUUGUGGACAGAAUUAUGGAAGCCAGUUUUCACAAUGAUCUUAAGGCAUAUGCCCCGGGAAUUGCUUCGCACUUUGUAACCUGUGAUAUCGCGUAUGUCUAAUAACCACUCGGUUACCAUCUGCCCACACUAGUCAAUUAAUAUGGAAUGCAUUGGUAUUCCAGACAAGGUAUUCAUUAUCUUGAAGUGACAAUCAAAGUAUUAAGUGUAUUGUCCCCUUGAGCGCUUGCAUUUACCACCCGUGUGUUUAUGAUCUAUUUUUCAUAUUUAGGAUAUGAGCAUGUUACGACUGUAGCUGAAGUCUGGCAUAAUCCCAUGUUGUGGAUAAGGAUUGAUCAUACUUGCAGUAUUUUUUUUACAUAUCUAUUCUGUGUAUGCAGUAGCUUUAAGGUCUCUCUGAAGUUCCACAGUUGUUUGUUUCCUCAAUUCUGAUUUUCCUCUUACCCUGAAAAUGAUUAGUGUUGCAAGCGUUCAAAUGCUGAAAUCACUUGUCAGCCUCAGCAAUUUCACUGAAACUUUGUUGAACAAGAAUCAUGAGGCACCAUAUGAUGGUGAGUUCAGCAGUAACUUGAACGGACCUCCAUACAUGUAACGCUUCCAGCUGUUACAGAUGCACUGUUGAAUCAUUUUAUAGAAAAUAAGAUCCUGGCAAUUUUCUCUCCCCAAGAACUUCUUGCUGGGACCUUGAUUCCUACCUGUACUUUUUCUUCCAUUAUGUCCCCUUCUGGUGUUAAAUUUGUGAUAUAUGUAUUUUUCUACAUGUCUCCUUUUAUCUGAUUGAAACUGUUAAAACUUGUAGUUUGAACCACCAUGUUGUGAUGGCAAACGGCUGUUAUCUGUACUGUCAGAUUGCGAUUGUGCCAUGAAAGCCAGUAGACGCCAGCAUCUGGCAAUCAAUACAUGGAGAACUUAUUUCCUAUAUCAUGAUGCCUUCUUUCUUUUGAUCAAAAGAAAAAUGCCUUUUGAAGGGAAAAGAGAAGAGGCUUUGUCCAAAUUCUGACUUCUGCAAGGGAGGUGCUUCAGAAACUGAGGACAGUUGAAUUAUAAUGAGGCUACCGCCAUAAAGUUUGCAAAGCCUAGAAAAAUAGUACAUAAUUGUUUUCUUUUAGAGUUACAUAAGAAUUAGAUGUGAAGUUGCAAAGUAUUUACAAAGAUAUGGAAUAUUUACAGUACUUUAGUUUCUAAAUUAAUAACUCUAGGCAGGCUGUAGUCCAUUGUUUCUAAUUACCGUGUGGUUACAUAGUUAUAGGGAGAAGACCUAGUUAUCCUGCUCUGUAGAGUAGAAUGACACCCUUAUUCUUGAAACAUUUUAAAUGUCUCUGUGCACUACCAUGCACCCACCUUUUUAAGGUAAUAAUUGAUAUGCAUGCAGUCUUGUGUAAAUAUUAUUUAACAAGCAAUUUAUACUUUUCACAGUAAAGUUGUCGUGAUCUGCAAGUUCCUCAACACUUUAAAGAGGGAGCAGAAAAAAACCUAUUACUACUAAUAAAAAGAAAAGAAUAAAAUUACACUACAAUACAUUUUCUGAUAAUCCCACCUGAAUUAAAGGGGGAUUUAGGUACAAAGUUGUCACUGAUUUGAGAGUUAUGUAGCUAAAUACCUGUGCAAACUCUGCAAACUUCAAACUAAAAUCCAAAUCUCUGUCUUUAAGGGGUUGGAAAUGUAAUUUUUAGGGCAUAUCCUGAAAGAUUGCCUGUGUUUGGAAGGACUCUGUUAGUAGGGUAAGUGAGGAAACACUGCCUUCAGUUUUAAUUUCUAGGCUGUAGUGCAUCUGACCCUUAAACAUAUAGUAGAAAGAGGUAGUUGACUAAGAGUCAGGAUUUCCAGGUUCCCAGCUCUGUCACUGCUCACUGUGUGAGCUUGGGCAAGUCACUUCUCUCUGCCUCACUUUAUCAUCUGCAGAAUGGAUGGUCUAAUAUUUACCUGUUGUACCUCCCAUGGGUGUGUUGCGAAUGUUGGAAAAGUGCUUUGAAAUCCUCAGCUGAAAAGUGCUUUAUAAAUGCAAACUCUUCUGCUAUUGAAUAUCAGUGGUACACGUGCAAUUAAAUUCUUGCACAAGCUCUGGUCAACAUCAUGUUUCAAUGUGACUCGGUUUUCCUUUGCUUUUAAAGGUAACAUUAAAACAAAAUUUUAACUUCAAGUUAUAACUGUAAAUAUGUAUUGACACAUUUUAAAUGUAAGCUAUAAUUUAGUGAUACAAAAUGGUGUCAAAAGUAGCCCCUAUCGCCUGUUUGUGUACAUUUUUAUUUGGGCACUUAUAUAUUUUUUUAAAAAGUAGAUUUUGGACCUUAUAAAUCAUAGCAAUUGUUCUUGACUGUUUUCACAAAUCUUUGACAUAGUCCCUUGUCACUCUUACUGUGUAUCAGUUUGUGAGGUGGAACCAUUGCAAUGUACUAUUGGAUACAAGUAUUAAAAGUGAGUUAUGUAUAGCUACUUUUCAAACAAUUGGUCCACUGUUAGCUUGUGUCUGUAUUAUAGACUAGGUUGAUCUUGUCCAGAGGUUCUCAAGCUGGGAGUCGGGACCCUUCAGGGGGUCGUGAGCUGUCAGCCUCCACCCCAAACCCUGCUUUGCCUUCAGCAUUUAUAAUGGUGUUAAAUACAUUAAAAAGUAUUUUUAAUUGACGGGAGGGGGGUCGCACUCAGAGGCUUGCUAUGUGAAAGGGGUCACCAGUACAAAAGUUUGAGAACCCCUGAAUUUUUUUGUCUAUACAAUGGACACAUCAUCUGCAGAAUUCCUUGUGAAUCAUAGGAUCUGUAGAACACUUCUGCAUGUCUAUGAACUCAAAAUAGCAGAUUUCUGUGGAGGUUAGAAGGGGAAAUACCUUUGCGUGGGAAAGUUUAGCCCAGAUUGUGGUUGUGCUCUGCCGUAUGAUUCUGUAAAAAUGACAUUAUGUGACUAUAUGUUCAGUUUUCUUUUUCAUCUGGACUGAGUUUAGAAGUAAAAAUAACUUUCUAACUUGCAGUCCUAUGCACCCAGUUUGGGAUCUGAGCGCAAGUUUGGGUUCUUUUCUUAGAUAUCACUAGUAAAAAAGGUUCUGUAGGGGAAAUUGCAUCCUCAGUGACACCCGUGUGAUCCCAUUGCUUUCCAGGGGGUUGCAGAACCGUAAGCGAUUGGAACUUUAGUAAACAAUUCUGUUGCACAAGAAUGAAUUGCUCAUUCUUAGCUUCAUUGAUUCUGCACAGCUAACUGGAAUAAAAAAUAGUGUGAGCUUAUUUUAAUCACUAAAGUGGUCAGAUCUGAUUGUGUUUAUACACAGAUCUGAUAAGUCAAGUGCCAUUUUCAUAGCGACUUCUUAGAGUAGAACUGUAUUUCACCCAGAGUAUAUCAUUAGAAGAUGAUGAUUCAGGAAAAUGAAAGAUCAGGGCCUGGGGGAAAAGACCAUUGACAGGAUUAUAGAUGUAUAUAGGGUCAGACUUGCUUAACUUGAUGAAUCACUUCACCUAGAUCAUUUUAUCCUGAAUAAAUUACAUCCAAAGACAAAAUUCUUGAGUUUUCACUUCAUAGUCAACAAAAAUCUGCCUUUAGAAUAGUCAAAACACCUUUCUAAUAUGGGAGAAGCCUUCCAAGAUAUAAAACAGCUCUGAGAGUUAUAUCUUGUCCUAUGAAGUGUUUGAUAUGUCAUCUGUAGUAAUUAUGUACAUGUUAAAGGUACAAACUGCUUUUCCUAAAGUAGUAAUAGGCUUUAUGAAUUUGCCAUUACAAAUUGUAUUAAAGAUUCUCUUGGUUUUGUAGGGUU